GCCCGCCGGUGAUGCCGGCCCCGGGCCCGCGCUGCCCCUCGCCCGGCCAUGCUGCCCUGCGGGGCCGUGCUCUGGCGGCGGCUGCUCAGGAAGCGAUGGGUGCUCGGCGUCGUCUUCGGGCUCUCGCUCGUUUACUUCAUCACCAGCACCUUCAAGCAGGAAGAGAGGAUGGUGAGAGAUCGGAAUCUCCUCCAAGUGCAGGAGCAUGAGCAGCCCAUCAUGUGGAAGGUGAAGUUCAGCUCGGGGAACAGCAGUCAGCUGAGCAACCAGUGCAGGAACUCUGUGCAGGGGAAGCUCCUCAUUACAGAUGAACUGGGCUACAUCUGUGAGAGGAAGGACCUGCUGGUGAACGGCUGCUGCAAUGUGAACGUGCCCAGCACCAGGCUGUACAGCUGUGACAGCUGCCUGCCCAACGGCUGCUGCAGCGUCUACGAGUACUGCGUGUCCUGCUGCCUGCAGCCCAGCAAGCAACAUCUCCUGGAGCGGUUCUUGAACCGGGCAGCGAUUGCUUUCCAAAACCUCUUCAUGGCAGUGGAAGAUCACUUUGAGCUGUGUCUGGCCAAAUGUAGGACUUCAUCACAGAGUGUGCAGCAUGAGAACACCUACAGAGACCCAAUUGCCAAGUACUGCUAUGGCGAGUACCCCCCCGAGCUCCUGCCUGUUUGAGAGCUGCAGACCUGAGCAGAAGGAACGAAAUGGAGACUUGAAUGCAAAAGAACAAGACAGCAGCUGUUGCUUUACCAAAGCCUCAGUGUAAAAAGCUUGUCUUGUAUGUGCAGGCAAACCCAGAGGUGAACAGAGGAAGUUAGGAACUUAAGUUCUUCGGGACUGAAUCUCGUUUCUUCAAUUUAUUAUGCACCUGCUUUGGAGCGCAGGUACUGUGCUACUGUGCCAGUGCUUUCUUUGAAUACUUCCUCUAAAUUGCAGGAAUUGUGGAGUCAAUCUGGGCUCUAGAACAUCAUGGGAAGAAUAUCUAAUGUGGCUUUGCAGCUGUAAAUGGAGAUUCAGUUGUGUCUCUGCAGUCCAGAGCGACAGUGGAAACUGGAGGACUUUUCCUUUCAGAGAGCAAAGCAUGCCCGCUGUGCUUCUCUCUCUGGAACCCUUCUUGACAUGCAUGGUGUACACUACAUAUGUAAUUAUGAAUUAUUUAUUCAUUUUAUAUGGGUCACUGGCUGAAGUAUGGGUGCUUUGCAUAGCUAGUUGUGGAUGCCUUUCAGUCACUGGUUUGCUUUGUCAGCUAGAAGGGAUAUUUUAGAUCCUGACUAAAGUUGGCAGUUGUUUUUUUCUCCCUCCUUAGUCCAAAGGAAUUGCAUUGGGAUUUGUCACUUUAGUACUUAUGUUCCUCUUAGUGAGUUUAAACCAUUCAGAACUCCAAUGGAGUUGUUCUUCUGCCGAAGUCCCAUAGCACAAGAGAAGAGCAGGGAUCUGCCUAGGAUGGGAUGUUCAUUGUCUCUAAACACUUUCCUUGUCACUCUGCAGCAGUUUCCUCAAAGAGGAGUCCGGUUUUGUGAGCAGCUCUCUGCUGUCUGCUUGCUGACAGGGAGCAGGGAGGAUUUCUUUGCUUGAACCUGUUCAGGCCUUGGUAUUUUAAAUGUGUUUGACUCCUGGUUGUGCAGGAGGCAAAAGGUUGGAGUUGAGCUCUCCACAGCACCUUUCCCAGGCCUGCCUGUGCCUUUCCACACUGCUCCAGGGAAGGAGGCAGGAUGGCUCUGCCAGCCUAUUCCAACUCCUCGGCAUUUCCUGAAAUGUUUUACAUCUGCACCUCAGGAAGCAAACAGCAGCUUCCUUUUAGCCCUCAGAGCCCCCUUACGCCAAAUUCAAGCUGAUCUUCACCUUUGACAAACACAAUGAACAGGACUAAGUUACACGAAAACAAGAAUUCGUUAUCCCAUGCUUGCUUUACACAAUCCAGAGCCCAGCUCCUGCCACUGUACCUCAGCCAAUGGGGAAAGGAAGAGGGCAACGUGUGCCCGGGAGUUCAGGAUAAAAGGAGGCUGCGUCCUCCGAAAGCUCGAGAGAGACCCCACGGGUCUAUGGCUUAGUGGACUCUCUACCUUUAUUCGAAUAAAGUUG